AUGCAUUGUGUGAAUCUGAAGGUAGUUACCCAUUUCAACACGCGGUCAUGGCCGAGUCGACUCGUCGUUGACUCGGAUGCUGCAGGUACCAGAAGGCAAUGGUUGAAUUGUAACAGUAAUUAUAAACAUCAGAAUGUAAGGUUAGUCAAGAUUGUUGCUUGUAGUACGUCGGAGAAUCUGAAUCCAGUUUCGGGUUCGGGUCAGGGACAGAAUUCGGUUCUUUCUCGGACCCAAACCUAUGCUUUGUUGAAGCAGCAACUGGACGUCGCUGCAAAAUCUGAGGAUUAUAAAGAAGCUGCCAGACUUCGUGAUUCUUUGAAAAUUUUCGAGGAAGAGGAGCCAGUUUUGCGUCUUAAAAGGUUGUUGAAAGAGGCCAUUGCAGAGGAGAAGUUUGAGGAUGCAGCUAGGUACCGUGAUGAGCUGAAGGAAAUUGCUCCACACUCUCUCCUGAAGUGCUCUAGUGAUGCAACCACUUUGGGCAUUAGGGUUCAAGUUAGGAGUGUUUACAUAGAAGGCCGAAGUCAGCCUUCGAAAGGUCUUUUCUUUUUUGCAUAUAGAAUCAGAAUAACCAACAAUUCAGAUCGCCCAGUACAACUUUUGAGAAGGCACUGGAUCAUCACUGAUGCCAAUGGGAAAACCGAGAAUGUCUGGGGAAUUGGAGUUGUAGGUGAACAACCAGUUAUACUUCCCAACACCGGGUUUGAAUAUUCAUCAGCUUGCCCAUUGAGCACACCUAGUGGCAGAAUGGAGGGUGACUAUGAGAUGAAGCAUAUUGAUAAAGUAGGCGCUAGGACGUUCAAUGUGGCCAUUGCCCCCUUUUCUCUCUCUACAUUUGGAGAUGGUAGUGAUGCUUUUUGA